CUUUCUUUUUGCUAUUAUUAGGUGGACAGCUCGCCAUGUGUUUUGGAAAUAUUAGACACAGCCGGAACUGAGCAAUUUGCCUCCAUGCGAGAUCUCUACAUAAAAAAUGGACAUGGGUUUAUUGUGAUGUAUUCGCUGACGAACCAUCAAACGUUUCAGGAUAUUUCAAGUAUGAAAAAUGUGAUUACUCGCGUUAAAGGAAGCCAGCCAGCACCCAUAUUGCUAGUAGCAAAUAAAUUUGAUUUGGAUUGCCAAAGAGAAGUCUCGACUGCUGAAGGAAAUGCCUUGGCACAACUUUGGGAAUGCCCAUUUAUUGAAGCAUCAGCAAAAGAUCGAAUAAAUGUCAAUGAAGUAUUUGCUACCAUUGUUCGAGAGAUGAACUUAACACAAGAAAAACGACACAAAAAGAAAUAUUGUUGUUGUACGCUUUUAUAGAAAUUUGUAAAUACAUAAGAUUAUUAUAGUUAAAAAUA